AUGUCACAAGCCGAGUUAACGCGACACGUGACUGUGACAGGUCGCGACCUGUCGCUUUGUUACGCUGCCGGCGGCUCCCCACUCCCUGGUCGCCGUGGAACUCGGUGCUGUCGAAAUUCGCACUACCGGUCCCGGUCGUCCUCCAAUGCUAUGUCGGUAGCAACACCGACCAUUCUCCCUCGGAGUCCCCACUUCCCUCUCCUUCUCCCCAAACCGCCACAGCCGCACCCUGUCCCAUUACCAAAACAUGACCAGAGAACAGGUCGUCUCAACAGCCUGCGGGACCUGCAGCGCGAGAUGGACGAUCUCAGUGACGAGGAGGAGGAAAUCGUCGACAUGAGGGAGGACAUUCGUAACAGAGGGUUCAGCUUCCUCGUUCCCAUAGGUCGGACGUUCACUCGUCAUGAGGAGAAGAAUGAUGCUAGCGCGGACGAGCUGUCUGAUGAUUCCGAUGGUUCUGAAGGCUCAGAAGACGAAGAUAGUCCCUCAAUAAUGGAGGAUGAAGAGAAUGACACUGCGGAGGAGGAUCUUGAUGCAGACAUGGAGGAUCUAGACGAAGAAGGUUUAGACGAGGAAGAUGAGGAGGACGAGGAGCCGCCUUCAGACCGGUGA